CAGAAGUACAUUUACAUGUUGUUCGAUCCGUGUGCAAAGGCUCUAAUAUGAGAAUAUUUUUUUUUAAAUAAGUUGUAUGUCUUAACUUAUAAAAAAUGUCAUUUUUAUCACGAGUUAUGGAAAGCGAUUUGGGCGUGAUCUCCGUUGUCUACUUAUCAAUGUUUUUGGACAAUGUACUUUUGACUGUUGUUGUGCCAAUUAUUCCUGAACAUUUAUACGUACAAUGGAUUACCAAUACAUCUCGUCUUGUAACAAAUGUGACUAGAGGAGAUCAGCCGCUUCUUCCUAGUUCAUUGAUCAAAAUGAAAUUGCAAACACUGGAAAAUGAAAACGAGACGAUAGGCAUCUUGUUAUCUUCAAAAGCUAUAGUUCAGUUGUUUAUGAAUCCUUUGGUGGGCAUUUUAACAUCGUACGUCGGAUACAACUUACCAAUAUUCCUUGGAUCAAUUCUUUUGAUUAUAAUAUCAGUUUUGUUUGCGUAUGGAGAGACUUUCGUUUCGUUACUAGUUGCAAGGAGUCUUCAAGGCACUGCUUCAGCAUUGAUCAGUGUUUCUGGUAUGUGCUUGAUUGCUGAUCAAAAUCAUAUGUCAGAUUUGAGACGCAGUAAAGUAAUGGGUCUAGUCAUGGGAAGCAUUGCCUUGGGUGUUUUAGUCGGUUAUCCGUUUGGUGGCAUACUUUAUUAUUUUGUUGACAAGUCGACACCAUUUAAUGUUAUAAUAUGUGCUAUAACGUUCAAUUUAGGUCUACAACUUUAUGUUUUUAAUUUUAAUCUCGUAAAAAAAGUAAAUUCAUUCAAGGAGAUAUUGCAAUUAAAACAAACAAGUAACGAUAAACAUCAGUCUCACUUCAACAAUGGCAACUGGAAAGAUCUUUUAAAAGACGAGUAUAUCCUGUUGAUAAUUUUUUCUAUUUGUCUUACGUCAUCUGCCAUGGCCAUUUUGGAACCUUUUCUACCAAUUUGGCUCAUACAAAUCAUAAACCCAGAAAAAUGGCAGUUGGGUACGGUUUUCAUUCCAGACAGUCUUGGCUAUUUGAUUGGCACUAAUUUAUUUGGCGCAUUGUCGUACACAAUGGGACAAUGGAGAAUGGCUAUUUUAGCAACUCUACUGGUCGGCAUAUCCGCAAUCAUGAUUCCGGCUGCCACGACAACGACAGGGCUUGUCUGCCCACAUUUCGGUUUGGGCCUGGGUAUAGGUAUAGUAGACUCUGCUUUGGUGCCCAUGCUGGCAAAUCUAGUGGACACCAGACAUCCAAACGUACAUUACGGAUCGGUAUACGCACUUCAACAAACGGCCGUCAGCCUCGCAUAUUCCGUUGGUCCUAUUUUCGGUGGUCAAGUCGUGAAAAGUCUUGGAUUCCCGUGGUUAAUGAGGACUGUAGGAAUCAUAAACAUAUCUUAUUGCAGUCUGUUAGUAUUUUUAAGUAAAGUUUCGAACGACAAAACAGAUAAGAUUAACAACGAUACAUCUAUUCCCGAUUAUAAGUCCACGAGUGUUGUAUCAUACUUUAACAAACCUAUCGCUUAUAAAAAACUCGACGAAAUGGAUGAAAAUAAUUGAAAUUGUUAGUUAUUACUUAUAUUAGUAAUAAACAUAAAGCAUAAUAAGUAUUAUUUUAUAGUUAUUUAAUAUUGAUUGCCUAUUUUAGUAUUAAAUUUACAUUACUAAGUCAUACUGCCUACUGGUGAAUGCUUUGAGAUAAAAUGAAUGCCUACAUUAUGAUAAACGCGAUAAGACUUUCAAAAAAAAAAAUAAUUUUGGUAAAAACUGUAGAAAUUAUCUUUUUUCAUUCGGUGAGUUUCCUACAAGAAGAGUAUUUACAAAAUAACAUUGCAUUAAAAAUUAAAGUUUAUUUUUUGGAUUAUAAGUAUUGUAAUAAUAUUAUAUGCGUUAAAAGUAAAACCUCACUAAUUUAA